CUGUUCGCCUACGAAACUCAUAAUGAGAGAAAUCAUUCAUUUGCAAGUUGGUCAAUGUGGUAAUCAGAUCGGUAGCAAAUUUUGGGAAACCAUUAGUCAGGAGCACGGAAUCGAUGAGAACGGAGUACAUGUAGGACACAAUCCUGAAGAACUAGCGCGCAUUGACGUCUAUUAUAACGAAGGUCAAUCGGGAAAUUAUGUACCGAGAGCUGUUCUGGUGGACUUAGAGCCUCAAACAAUGAAUGCUAUCCGCUCCAGUAGACUAGCCCAUUUAUUUCACCCUGAGAGUUUCAUCAACGCGAAUUCUGGAGCUGGUAAUUCUUGGGCGAAAGGUUUCUACACUGAAGGUGCUGAACUUAUCGAGCCCAUUCUGGAUGUUGUUCGUAAGCAAGCUGAAAGUGCUGAUUGCCUUCAAGGCUUUCAACUUGUUCAUUCCCUUGGUGGUGGUACUGGCUCUGGCCUAGGCUCACUUUUAUUGUCUAAGAUUCGCGAGGAAUAUCCAGAUCGUAUGCUCAGCACCUACUCUGUCUUCCCAUCCGCGAAACUAUCUGAUACUGUUGUGGAACCAUACAAUGAGACCUUGACAGUACAUCAGCUUGUGGAAAACUGUGAUGCCACAUUCUGCUUUGAUAACGAAGCCUUGUACUCUAUCUGCCAAAACACUCUCAAGAUCAAAACUCCUGACUACAAUGAUCUUAACAAGUUGAUUGCUACUGUUAUGUCUGGAGUCUCCACCUCACUGAGAUUUCCUGGUCAGUUGAAUGCUGACUUGCGCAAACUCUGCGUCAAUAUGGUACCUUUUCCACGCCUGCAUUUCUUCAUGGUCGGUGUUGCACCACUUGUAGCACUUGCUUCUUCGAAAUAUUCAGCACAAUCCGUUCGCGAUUUAACAACGCAAAUGUUUGAUAAAAGAAACAUGAUGACACUCUUCGACUCUCAUGACGGUAGAUAUUUGACAGCCGCUACCAUUUUUCGCGGCAGUAACAUAUCUUCCAAAGAAGUUGAAACAACCAUGCAACAGGUCCAGCAAAAGAAUUCAAGCUGGUUUGUUGAAUGGAUUCCUAAUGGCGUGAAGACCAGUCUUUGUGACGUUCCUCCUGCUGGCACGAACCAAUCUGCUACAUUCAUUGGCAACAGCACCUCCAUUCAAUCUCUAUUUAAGCGCGCCAACCAGAAAUUCACUCCAAUGUUUAGGAGAAAAGCCUAUCUGCACUGGUAUACUGAUGAGGGUAUGGAUGAAAUGGAAUUUACAGAAGCUGAGUCCAAUAUGCAGGAUCUGAUAGCUGAAUACCAACAGUAUCAAGAAGCAUCUGUGGAAGAUGUAGCCGAAGGUGAUCUGGAAAUGGAUGGCGACUACGAGAUGGAGGAGGAGCAGAUGCACCAACAAAUGGAAUGAUCUAAUGUGAUAUUAGUUGUUAAUAGUUUUAGUAAAAUGUAAGCGCAUAUCUAAUAUCGUGAUUUUUACUUUAGUCGUUAAUUGAGCUUGGAGGAAAAUAAAACCACGGGAUUUUCUCGAGAAC